AUGACUACUGCAACCAACAUCGUGUGGACUGGCGCGCACACCUACGAAUUUGAUCGAAACUGGGCUCAACUGCCCAAUGGUAUCCCCAUGCCGGCGGCCGCUGUUUUCGGCGACGAUGAAGACCGGAUUUAUUGUUUCAACCGGAAUCCCGAGCAUCCGAUUAUGGUAUUCGACCGCGAAGGAAAGUUCGUAAAGUCCUGGGGAGCCGGGAUGUUCGAGUUUCCCCACGCUAUUAUUAUCGACCAGUGGGGUUACGUUUGGCUCGUAGACCGGAACAUGGGACAAAUUUUCAAGCUGAGCCGAACGGACGUGGCGGAGCUGUUGUAA